AUACAUACAUACAGAUAUUAGAAUUACAUUUUACUAAAACGAUAAUUUCAUUUAAAAUAUUUAAUUAAACAAAUAAGGAAUAGGUUGAAUAAUUAAAUAGUUGGAAUGAACUACCAAAAAAGAGUAAAACCAUGCUUAGGCCUGUUUAUAUUCAAUCUUUCUGAUAUAACGUCUCCUCUGAUGGAAUUGUCUUAUAUUAUCAUAAGCUAAGAAUCAAAAUAAAUUUAGAAAGUAUUCUAAUUUAAAAACACAAUUCCUUUUGGAAAUUAAAAACCAUUUCUAUUUUAGUCCCUAUUAAGCAUUCAAACUUACUUAAAAGAAAGUAAAAUCUAGCAUAUUCCAGUUUUUUAUAACACACUUGCAGUUAGCAAUUUUUUAUUCCGUUUAAAGGAAGAUGAAUUUAAAGAAUUCAAGAAAUUCUGUAAAAAUCCUGUUGAAUUAUUUGAUAUUAUUUUACCAAAUCAGCAUUUUUCUCAAUAGCAAUCAAAUUUUAAUGAACUCUCAUAUCGCUCAAAUGAAUUAUAGAAAGUAUCUUAAUUAGAUAAAGAAGCAUAGCAUUAUGUAGCUUUAAUUCUUUAUCUUAAUUCUAAUAGAAUCUAUUUUUAUGAAAAAUGCAGGAAAUUUGGUAACAAGGAAUCCUAAUAAAAAUAUUAAAAAGCUAUUGAAUCAAUGAAAUAAAGAAUUCAACAAAUAAAUUCAAAUAAAUAAGAUAAAAAUGUUAAGGAUUAAAAAAAUGUAAAGAAUUAAUUUCUUGAAAGUUCUGAUGAUGAAGAAUCAUUCAGUGAUGAUGAGCUUUAAAAAGCUAUUAAGUUAAGUUUGAUGGAGUGUUAGUAAAAUUAAAUUAAUAACAAAAACUACCAAAUUCCGAAACUCAAUUAAAAUAUAGAUGAAUUUAACCAAAUGUAGAACUCAAAUUAAUUUAAUAAUUUAGCCAAUCAGUAAAAUGUCAGAAAUAAUAAUUUUCAAUUUCUAAACUUUGAUAACAAUUACUUAACAGAUUAAAUGACAUCGUUUACUAAUCAGCAAAGAAAAUAAGAAUUUUAAUUCAAAGAAGGCUAAGAAGAAAGAAGAAAAAAAUUUGAAGAGAUUUAAAAAAAAUAAUUAGAUCUCUUUCUCAAAUCAGAAAGUGCCUUGUAUAAAGAAUUUAUCAAAAAAUAAACUGAAGAAUUUGAAUCAUUUUAAUAAAACAUUAAAUAGCUGUAAUAGAAUUUAAAUAAUUAAUUAAAAUUUUGA